AUGAUUGUAAAAUACCAUUACGCUACACUUAAAAAAAAAAAAAAAAAAAAGACUUUAGUUACUUGUGGUAGAAAUAAACAAUUUUUGUAAAUUAAAAAUAAAACCAUAAAAGUAGGCCUAAAAAUAGAAUUUGUGAAAACGGCCAAAACCCUUUUCCAACCAAAAACCCUUCCCAUGCAGAUUACAGUCAUCAUCAUUAUUUGAUUCAUUUCUCUUCUACUAUGAAACUGUAAUCAAUAAUGGCGAUGAUUCAGCUUCCAAGGGCUUUGUGCUCAACCUCAACAACUGUUUCCGCUUCUUUCUCAAACCCUUCUACUUCAUCCUCAUCACCUCUGCUCCAACUCCACUCUUUCAUCCCUAAGCUGAUGUCAUUGUCUUGUUCACCAAGUUCAUCUUUUGGGACGAGUGACAAAUGUAGAAAGUCUUCUCUGGUUAGGUUUAAAAACUUCAAAUUGUCUAGCAUAAUCUCGACCAAUCAGGCGAAAAUCCCUCAAGACUUUAAUCUUAUGAGGAGUUGUGGAGAUAGAUUUCAUUGUGUGCUUACCUUAAACUCUCAGUUAGGACUUGGCUACCUAAGUUCAUUUGGGGUUGUGAAUAAUUUUAGUAAUGUAUCCUUUUAUACUUUGAUUGAUGGUACUUUUUCCAAAAGAUUUUUUUCCCAAGUGAGAACCAAAACCAUUAGGAGUAGUAAACUUGACAAUGUGGGUAAACAAGAUGGAAAAAGUGGUGGAAGUACUUUUGGGUUACAAGGGGCUAAAUGCAAAAACAAUGCAGCAGGCUUUAGUAUCUCCAAAGAUAUUGACUUAGAAGCUUCAAGUGAAGUCUUAGUUGGUGGCAAAAAGGAUAUUGUAAGCCCGGGAUCGUUUCUUUCAAGUUCAUUCACUAGCAAAAGUAGUGAGACCUCUAAGAUCAGUAAAAAGAAGUUUAGGACCAAGAAAAGUACAGAACAAAAUGGGGAUACAAUGCCUAAAGAUGAUACAAAAGAAGGUACUUCUUUAGCAACUAAAUCAAGUAAGAGAAAGAUUGGCAAUGCUCAUUGUUCAAAGUUAAAUGCAAGUAAGGAAAGACCUGAGGAAGUGGUCAUGGAUUCUUCAACAAAACUCUUGUCUGAUAAGGAGAGCGGGAACUGUAUUAGAAAGGGAAAACUGGUGAAAGCAGCUAAUAAUUUGCAACAGAAACAAAAAGCUCAACAUGUGGGGCAAAUAAAAUUUCAAGGACAAAUGAGCCUGAAGCAGUUGUACCCUGCAAAUGGAAAAUCUGUUGUAGUGGUAGAGUCUGCUACAAAGGCAAAGGUCAUUCAGGGAUAUCUAGGUGAUAUGUUUGAAGUGAUUCCUAGUUAUGGUCAUGUACGGGACUUGGCUGCUAGGUCUGGAUCUGUUCGGCCUGAUGAUGAAUUUAGUAUGGUGUGGGAAGUACCUUCUGCUGCCUGGACUCAUCUUACGAGCAUAAAGGUUGCGCUUAGCGGAGCAGAAAAUCUUAUUCUUGCAUCGGAUCCUGAUCGAGAAGGAGAGGCUAUUGCUUGGCACAUAUUUGAGAUGUUGCAACAACAGGGUGCCUUACGUAAAAAUAUUUCAGUAUCAAGAGUUGUUUUUCAUGAAAUAACUGAACCAUCCAUUAAAAAAGCACUGCUAUCUCCAAGAGAAAUUGAUGCAAACUUGGUUCAUGCCUACCUUGCACGACGAGCUCUUGAUUAUCUGAUUGGGUUUAAUAUUUCACCAUUAUUAUGGCGAAAAUUACCAGGCUGUCAGUCUGCCGGGCGUGUUCAAUCUGCGGCUUUGGGUCUCAUAUGUGACAGAGAGAUGGAAAUAGAUCAGUUUAAACCACAGGAGUAUUGGAGUAUCAAGGUUGAAUUAAAUUCUGUGGACAAUGUUGGUUCCUUUUCAGCACACUUGACUAAUUAUGAGUCCAAAAAGUUGAAUCAGCUUUCUAUUAGUUCUCAUACAGAGGCAAAAGAGAUUGAAAAUAAGAUCAUUUCAGCUAAUCUCAAGGUGGUCAGUUAUAAAGUAAGUCAAAUACGGAAAAACCCUCCAAUGCCAUAUAUAACAGCAACGCUUCAGCAGGAUGCUGCUAAUAAAUUGGGUUUUUCAUCAACAUACACUAUGAAGCUUGCACAGAAACUUUAUGAGGGAGUUCAGUUAUCUGAUGGCAAAGCAGCAGGUCUGAUAACGUAUACUAGGACAGAUGGACUACACAUUUCUGAUGAAGCUGCCAAGGACAUACACUCUUUGGUAACUGAAAGAUAUGGGCCGGGUUUUGCAUCAGUAGGUGCUCAGAAAUAUUUUAAGAAAGUGAAGAAUGCUCAAGAGGCUCAUGAAGCCAUUAGACCUACUGAUAUUUCAAGAUUGCCAUCAACACUUCGAGGAACACUUGAUGAAAAUUCCUUGAAGCUGUAUACUCUUAUCUGGUGCCGCACGAUGGCAUGUCAAAUGGAACCUGCUACAAUUAAGCAGAUACAACUUGAUAUUGGAAAUGCUGAUGAGCUCAUUAUUUUCCGAUCUGCAAGCUCAAAGGUUGAUUUUCUUGGAUAUCAAGCAGUUUUCAAGGACAUGGAAGCUGCAGAAGCCAGAUAUAAAGAAAAUGAAGGAAUUGAUCACAGUGAAAUAUUUGCAACUCUUGAUUCAUUGAAGUCUGGAGAUCCAUUAUAUUUGCUUGCAGUGGAGCUCAAGCAGCAUCAUACCCAGCCUCCUUUGCGCUACUCCGAGGGGUCACUGAUUAAGAAAAUGGAGGAGCUUGGGAUAGGAAGGCCUUCAACUUAUGCAUCUACUUUGAAAGUUUUACAGGAUAGGAACUAUGUGAAAGUGAAAAACCGUAUUCUACAUCCAGAAUUUCGAGGUCGCAUGGUUUCAGCAUUUCUUAGUCACCAUUUUUCUGAGGUUACUGACUACAGUUUUACUGCUGAUAUGGAGACUGAGCUUGAUAAUGUUUCAGCUGGUUUAACUGAAUGGAAAGGUCUCUUGGGAGACUAUUGGACACGAUUCAGCUCUUAUUGUGAAAGCACAGCUAAGGUUCAUAUCCAUCAGGUGGAGAAGAUGUUGGAGAAGAAAUUUGGGGAUUUUUUGUUUGCUUCUUUACUAGACAAUAGCAAGACUUGUCCAAGCUGUAUCGAGGGCUCGUUGGCUUUCAAAGUGAGUCGGUUUGGUGCAGGAUACUUCAUUGGCUGCGAUCAACACCCAAAAUGCAAGUACAUUGCUAAGACAUUAUAUUGUCAAGACGACGACGAAGAGGAAAAAUCUCAAAGCAACUUCAUUAUAGAAGAGCCAAAGUUGUUAGGACUUGAUCCAACUUCCCAAGAAAAGAUUCUUUUGAAAACCGGUCCUUAUGGAUUUUAUGUACAGCUUGGUGAAGAUAGGAAAGGCUUCUCGCCGAAAAGAGCUUCCCUUUCCCAUAUUAAGGAUGUUCAAUCUGUUAAAGUUGAAUAUGCUCUCGAGUUGCUUCGCUAUCCAGUGACACUGGGCUCCCAUCCAGACGAUGGACAACCGGUGAAGUUAAAAUUAACAAAGGACGGACCAGUUGUUCAUCAUAAAAGCAGUUACGUUACAGUUCCUAAGAAUGUGAAACUAAACGAAGUCGACUUAGAGAAAGCAUUGAAGUAUUUAAAAGGUAAACAAGUAAGGCAUAUCGGUCGUCCUCGUAAGACCAAACCAAGGGUCGAAGCAACCGUUGAGGCGAUCUAGUCAUUGGGGUGAGUUGCAUAGGGAGGAAAGCACAAGCUUUUCUAAUACUUAUGACUAAUUAUUUUCACAAAUGCAGUGGUGGGACUAAGCUUGUAAGGCUACUUAUUUUUGUUGUUGGUUGUGAGUUUACUAUUCUAUACAAGGGAAAUAAAUUGCUUUAGAUGCUUGAGAUUCUUUUUCACAGCUAAAAGAGGUAUAACAAUUCAUUUUUAAGUUUAUAGAUUUAUUUGUUUAUAUAUCUUUUUGUCCAUGUGGUUUAUUUAUUAAGGAAAUUACAUUAUAUAUUCACUUUAUUUUAUAUAUUUUAAUUUUUACUUUUAUUUUCA